AUGAAGCCCUUUUCUUUUUUGUUACCUUUAUUUUGUCAUAUAUACAUUCAUCUGCUGCUUCUCUUUACUUUAAACUUGUGGUUUGGCCCAAACAGAAUUGUGGCCUUGACACUAGAGAGCCAGAUUGAUCAUUCAGCAUUGCUCAAAUUCAAGGCAUCAAUACCCAAUGACCCAUAUGGAAUCUUGGCCUCGUGGAAUAGUUCAACCCACUUCUGCAAAUGGCAUGGAAUCAGGUGCAACCCCAUGCAAGAAAGAGUUGUCAAGUUGAACUUACAAGGGUGUAAGUUACGUGGAGUCAUAUCUCCUUAUCUGGGCAAUCUCUCUUCAAUGACAAGACUCAACCUUGGCAACAACACCUUUUAUGGUAACAUUCCACAAGAAUUGGGUCGUUUAGUACAACUACAGGUACUUGUUCUCAUCAAUAACUCAUUGGUUGGGGAAUUUCCAACCAACUUGACAAGGUGCACUAGGCUCGUACGGUUAGAUUUGGCAGGGAACAAAUUGAUUGGGAAAAUACCAAUCCAAAUCGGCUCUCUUGGAAAGCUUCAUAAUUUGUUCAUGCAUAACAACAAUUUAACAGGCCAAAUCCCACCAUCUGUUGGGAAUCUAUCAUCCCUUGUUCAAAUUUCGAUGCCUUAUAAUAACUUGGAGGGAACUCUUCCACAAGAAAUAUGCCACAUGAAAAAAUUGAUGUUCAUUUCAGUGGGUGUCAACAAACUAUAUGGUACAUUUCCUUCUUGUCUUUAUAACAUGUCAUCUCUUCGUGUAAUUGCAGCUGCAAGGAAUCAAUUUAAUGGCUCUUUCCCUCCCCACAUGUUCAUCAACUUCUCCAAUCUCCAAGAAUUUGCCAUUGCUGGUAAUCAAUUUUCGGGUUCAAUCCCAACCUCCAUCAUAAAUGCAACUACCCUUCAAAUACUAGAUAUUGCUUCAAAUUAUUUCGCUGGUCAAGUUCCAAGUCUAGGGAAGCUAAAAGAUCUAUGGGCUGUAAGUUUGUCAGAAAACAAUCUAGGUGACAAUUCAACCAAGGAUUUGGAAUUCUUAAAAUCCUUGACAAACUGUAGGAAGUUGCAAGUGUUAUCUAUAUCCAUAAAUAACUUUGGAGGCCAUUUGCCAAUCUCAUUGGGCAAUUUUUCCACCGAAUUCAGAGAACUAUAUCUGGGGGUAAAUCAGUUUGUAGGAAAAGUUCCUGCGGAGUUAGGAAAUCUUACUAACUUAUCUCUCUUGACCAUGGAAUUUAACCACUUUGAAGGGGUUAUUCCAACCACUUUUGGGAAGUUUAAAAAUAUGCAAUUGCUAAGUUUAUCCAUAAACAAACUGUCAGGAGAUAUACCAACCUUCAUAGGCAACUUGAGUCAGUUGUUUGCGUUGGAUUUAUCACAAAACUUAUUUGAAGGAACUAUCCCUCCAAGUAUUGGAAAUUGCCGAGUGUUACAAUACUUAAAUCUUUCAAACAACCAUCUUAUAGGAGCUAUUCCCUUGGAAGUUUUCAGUCUUUCCUCCUUAACAAACCUAUUGGACCUGUCCAAAAACUCUUUGAGUGGUAGUCUACCAGAAGAAGUAGGAAUGCUGCGAAAUAUUGAAGAGCUAGAUGUCUCUGAGAAUCAUCUGUCUGGUGACAUUCCUACAGCCAUUGGAGAAUGCACAAGCUUAGAGUACCUUCAUUUGCAAGGGAACUCUUUCCAUGGUAUCAUGCCAUCCUCUUUAGCUUCACUCAAAGGCCUUCAAUAUUUAGACUUAUCACGAAAUCAGUUGUCAGGUCCAAUUCCUAAUGCUCUACAGAAUAUUUCUGUUUUAGUAUACUUGAAUGUUUCUUUCAACUUGUUGGAUGGUGAAGUUCCAAUAGACGGUGUCUUUCGAAAUGCAAGUGGAUUUUUGGUGACUGGAAAUAGUAAGCUUUGUGGCGGUAUUCCAAAGCUGCAUCUACAAUCAUGUCCUGUCAAGGAUAGAGAACAUUCAGUGCACCACAAUUCCAAGUUAGUAGUCAUGAUAGUUUGUGUGGUCAUUUUUCUUUUCAUGCUAUCAUUUAUUUUAACUAUCUAUUGGAUUAGAAGGCCACACAAGAAACCAUCAUGUAAUUCACCAACAAUUAAUCAGUUGGCUAAGGUUUCAUACCAAGACCUACAACAUGGAACCGAUGGAUUCUCGGCUAGAAACUUGAUUGGAUCAGGAAAUUUUGGCUCUGUGUACAAAGGAACUCUCUUGACAGAAGAUAAAGUUGUUGCCAUAAAAGUCUUAAACCUUCAAAAGAAGGGAGCGCACAAGACUUUCAUUGCUGAAUGUAAUGCACUCAAGAAUAUUAAGCACCGAAAUCUGGCCAAGAUUUUGACAUGUUGUUCAAGUAUAGAUCACAAAGGUGAGGAAUUUAAAGCUCUUGUCUUUGAGUACAUGGAAAACGGAAGCUUAGAACAAUGGCUGCAUCCUCAGACAAUAAGUGUGGAGCAUCUAAGAACAUUAAAUUUUGAUCAAAGACUAAAUAUCAUUAUUGAUGUUGCUUCUGCAUUACAUUAUCUUCAUCAUGAAUGCGAGCAACCGAUCAUUCAUUGUGAUUUAAAGCCUAGCAAUAUCCUUCUUGAUGAAGAAUUGAUUGCUCAUGUGAGUGAUUUUGGCAUAGCAAGACUUAUCUCAACCAUUAAUGGUACUUCACAAAAGCAAACUAGUACUAUUGGAAUAAAGGGUACUAUUGGCUAUGCUCCUCCUGAGUAUGGAGUGGGUUCUGAGGUGUCAACAUAUGGUGACAUGUACAGCUUUGGGAUUCUUAUGUUGGAAAUGCUUACUGGAAGAAGACCCACGGAAGAAAUGUUUGAAGAUGGUCGAAAUCUUCAUAACUUUGUUGAAAUUUCAUUUCCUAAUAAUCUUUUGCGGAUUUUGGAUCCACAACUUAUUCCACUAACUGAAGCAACAAGAUUGGAAGGAAACAACAGGAAUCUUAAUCCACAUUUUGAGAAGUGCUUAAUUUCACUAUUUAAGAUUGGACUUGCUUGUUCUAUGGAAUCACCAAAAGAAAGAAUGGAUAUGGUUGAUGUCGCCAGGGACCUUAAUCGAAUCAGAAAAGCCUUUCUUGUUGGUAAGAUAAAUGGGGAUCUACUUAAUUCUCCACACACUACAGGACACAAAAUGAUGUUGCACCGUGAAGAUUUAAAGCUGAAGUAA